AGCACCGAACAAGUUGCUGCAUUGUGAUUUUGGCUCAAAUAGUAAAACGCAUUAUACCAGCGUACAAGAAUGUUCGGCAUCGAGUAUCGAUGUACAUGUCCAAUAUAUUUCUACUCCUUUUUUAAUAAGAUGCUUUUUGCAAAAAGAAAAAAGAAAGAAGAUUCGUUAAUCGUUACUGGUGAAACGCUCUUGAUAGCUUGUGGAGGUAGUACUCGAACGAUAAUAAAUAGUUUCUUCUUGUUUUUUUUGCAUUACGUCUUCACUUUGUACUCUGUUGUCCCUUUGAUAAUGAAUAUACAUUUCAACACAUAAUCUCUUUUUUUUUUUUUUUUUAAUACACAUUUAAUAAGAAGGUUCGCGCGAUCGUUUAGAACUUUGCUUAUUAAGUCACAAGUUUCCAUAAACAUGCAAUUGAAUCUCACAUUUUUUAAUAUCACUUAAAUUGUUCACGGUCUCUACAACUGAAGUGGAGCACAAUGAAAAAGGUAUAGAGGUAGGACUAAAUACGAAAACACCUUGGCUAGAUAAAUAAGGCUGAUCAUGAGCUCAGGAGCACUGGAUAGUAUAUGGUUAGAGUGUGUCUGAAAGUAAAAACCAGAAACUGUGGGGCGAAACAGCUAGAGAAAUGAAGGGUGUAAUUUCAAUGGUGGCGGUUCAGUUUAUGUUCGCAGGGAUGUUCAUCUUGUUUAAGAUAACGGCCCAUGAUGGUACGAACCUCAAAAUCCUUGUGGCUUAUCGUCUCUCCUUCGCUACUCUUUUCAUGUUUCCCCUCGCCCUUAUCUUCCAAAGGAAGAAGCGGCCAGAAUUUACAUGGAGGCUGCUCUUACUAGCAUCUCUUUCGGGGUUGCUUGGAGCGGCGAUACCAAAUAUUCUCUAUUUGCCGGGUCUGGUUCGCACAUCAGCGACAUUUUCAGCUGCGACCAGCAUAAUUGCCCCAUUGAUCACCUUGGUAUUGGGUUUGGUAUUUAGGAUGGAGACUCUACGGCUGAGAUCGAACGAAGGGAGGGCUAAGCUGGUGGGGACGUUGCUUGGUGCCGGUGGAGUCCUCGUGUUUAUAUUCUAUAAAGGUGUCGAGAUUCAUAUCUGGUCAACACACGUUAACUUACUCAAAAGCUCGAGUGCUGGUCAAUCAUAUGGCCAAGCCACUACGAACCACCACGUAUCAAUCCCAGGGGUUCUUAUGGUUCUUGGCAGUAACGUUUCCACCUCACUUUGGUUACUAUUGCAGGCAAAAAUAGGCAAGGAACUUGGAGGGCUUUACUGGAACACAGGUCUGAUGAAUGCGGUGGGAAGUUUGGUGUGUGUGAUUGCUGCUCUCUGUUCGGAUUGUGACUGGAAGCAAUGGCGAUUAGGAUGGAACAUUACCCUCUUAGCUACACUUUAUUCGGGAAUCGUGGUUUCCGGAAUGGUCGUGCCUCUGGUUGCAUGGUGCAUCGCAACAAAAGGACCAUUAUUUGUUACGGUGUUUAGCCCUAUAAGGUUGGUGAUCGUAGCCCUGAUCGGAUCAUUUGCUUUAGAGGAAACGCUGCAUUUGGGAAGUUACAGUAUAAUCGGUGCCAUGAUAAUGGUGGGAGGAGUAUACCUAGUGGUAUGGUGUAAAGCGCAGGAAAAGAAGAAUGGCUCUACGAAAUCGGACCAUAUUGUAACAAAUAAGAAUAUCAAAGAAAUGGACCUUGUCAAUCUCCCAGCUAUAAAUAGAGAUGUCCCCUGAAUCCACCAUAUGGUUACAGCAUCAUAUAUAAUUUGAGUCCAUAGAAAGUAGGAUCGAUAUGUGAAUAUCCAUCCAUAUGAUUGCCUGAAUUGGUGUUUAAUUAGCCUUUGUAGUAUCUCUCAAAUUUCAGAAUGACUUCGGUAUUAUAACACAAUGAAAUGCUAUGUUCUAUU